AUGAGUACUUUAAGCUUUAAUAAUAUAUCGACAGAAGUCCUUAGCCCAUUAAAUCAAUUUGAAAUAAGAGAUUUAUUAAGUAUAGAUGCUUUAGGAAAUUUACACAUUUCUAUAACUAAUAUUGGUUUUUAUUUAACAAUAGGAGCUUUCUUUUUCUUGGUUAUAAAUCUUUUAAGUAUAAAUUAUAAUAGAUUAGUUAGCAAUAGUUGAUCUAUAAGUCAAGAAUCUUUAUAUGCUACUAUUCAUAGUAUAGUAACAAGUCAAAUAAAUCCUAGAAAUGGUCAAAUAUACUUUCCAUUUAUUUAUACUUUAUUUAUUUUUAUUUUAAUAAACAAUCUUAUAGGAAUGGUUCCUUAUAGUUUCGCAAGUACAAGCCAUUUUGUAGUGACAUUUGCUCUUAGUUUCACUAUAGUUUUAGGAGCAACUAUUUUAGGUUUCCAAAAACAUGGAUUAGAAUUUUUCUCUCUAUUAGUUCCAGCAGGUUGUCCUUUAGCCCUUCUUCCUCUGUUAGUUUUAAUUGAAUUCAUUUCUUAUUUAGCAAGAAAUAUAUCUUUAGGAUUAAGAUUAGCAGCUAACAUCUUAUCAGGUCAUAUGUUGUUACAUAUUUUAGCAGGAUUUACUUACAAUAUAAUGACAAGCGGUAUUAUCUUCUUCUUUUUAGGUUUAAUACCUUUAGCUUUUAUUAUAGCUUUCUCAGGAUUAGAGUUAGGAAUUGCCUUCAUCCAAGCUCAAGUUUUUGUAGUUUUAACUAGCGGAUACAUUAAAGACGCAUUGGAUCUACAUUAG